AUGAAAUUCACGAAUAUUGUCACCGCCCUUUCCUCGGUCGCUGCUCUGCUGUCGGGAGCUGCCUCUGUUGUCCUCCCUGGCGCCGAUACUCCGCUCUUCUACUUUGUCGCGUCUUCCCCUAAUUCCUCGGCGAACCUCUUGCCUUUGAGGAUUAACGGGGGUACCGGUGGUUACUCCACUUUGACCGGCAGCGGUCCUAUAGGUCAAUUUUACUUCCAGCAAGGACGCCUCAGAGCACACGAUCUCGCUGGGACCACCCCGAUGCAGUACUACAUGCCCCUCCUUGGCUCCGUGCUGACUUCUACUGGGUGUACCACCUAUGGGUCCCUCGGCUUUGUCCUAGGCGCGAGCUCGAACAAGUGUGCUCGCUACGACGGGUUCCAAAUCCAAUCCAACACCGAGAACAGCCAACUUGGUGCAAAACUGGUGUAUAACUAUGUUGGGGGGUUCUAUGCAUGUGGAGCCGGACAGGAUGUGUGGUACAAGGUUGAUGCUGCCGACGGCCCUACAGAGUGCUCUCCGAUUGAGCUUUACACAGUCCCCGUCACUGUUUAA